UUUCAGAGAGAGAAUGACGGCAUUUGAAGAGUUUGGGGUGAUGCCCGAGAUAGGGAAGGCAGUGGAUGAUAUGGACUGGAACCUUCCCACUGAUGUUCAGGCAGAAGCUAUACCUUUGAUACUGGGUGGUGGUGAUGUUCUUAUGGCAGCUGAAACUGGAAGCGGUAAGACAGGAGCCUUUUGUUUACCAAUUCUUCAGAUUACUUGGGAGACAUUGAAGGAUUUUCAGGAUGGGAAGGUUGGAGGUAAGGUAGGGGAUGAAAAAUCUGCCAGCUCACAUUGGGCAAUGUCAUUCUUUGAUAGGGGACCUGCCCUUGCUGUCACGCCAGAUGGACUACGCUGCCAGUCUAGGGAGCAGAGGGAAUGGCAUGGUUGUCGAGCAACUAAGGGAGUUGUAGGGAAAGGUAAAUACUACUAUGAAGCUACAGUGACAGAUGAGGGCCUAUGUAGGCUAGGGUUCUCUACUUCUCAAGCUUCUCUAGACCUUGGAACCUGUCGAUUUGGUUUUGGAUUUGGAGGAACCGGAAAAAAGUCAAACAAUAAACAAUUUGAUGAUUAUGGAGGGGCCUUUGGAAAAGCUGAUGUCAUCGGUUGCUUCCUAAACCUGGAUGAUCUGGAAAUAAGGUUUGCUAAGAACGGAGUUGAUCUUGGUAGAGCAUUUAGCAUCAACCAACAGUUCAAAAACAACCCUUUCUUCCCUGCAGUUGUGCUCAAGAACGCUGAGAUGCAGUUUAACUUUGGAGACUCUCCCUUUAAAUAUCCACCAACCAACGGAUUCGUCAGUUUUUCUGCUGCACCUGCUACCACUGUAGUACCAAAUGAGAAAAAGGGAACAAAUGUUGAAGAAAGGAAAAUCAUUAAUAAUGCACCUCAGGCUAUAAUAAUUGAGCCAAGUAGAGAGUUAGCAGAACAAACUCUAAAACAAAUUCAAAAGUUUAAGAAGUAUCUUGUUCCACCAGCAGUUACAGAACUCCUCGUGGUUGGUGGGAUCAGCAUUAACGAUCAAGUUGCCGCGUUAAAUUCAGGAGUUGACAUAGUUGUUGCAACACCCGGACGUUUAGAGGAUCUCAUUAAUACAGGCAAACUAAGCCUCAGACAAUGUCGAUUUUUUGUUCUUGAUGAGGCUGAUGGUCUGCUAAAGGGUGGAUAUGAAAAGUUUAUUAACAGAAUCCAUCAAACUAUUCCUAAAAUUACAAGUGACGGAAAGAGGUUGCAGAUGAUCGUAUGUUCUGCAACAUUGCAUUCGUUUGAAGUUAAAAAGAUGGCCGAGAGACUAAUGCAUUUCCCCGCAUGGGUUGAUCUGAAGGGCCAGGAUGCUGUUCCUGAAACAGUUCAUCACGUGGUGGUUACAGUAGAUCCAAGGACCGACUCCAGCUGGAAAUCCUACCGUAACCCUAUACAGACAGAUGGAGUGCAUGCCCAGGAUAGGGUUGGACCAAAUAUUAAUACUACAGAAGCAUUGUCCGAGGCAGUCAAGAUGAUGAAGGCAGAAUACUGUGUUAGAGCGAUCCGGCAGAAUAAGAUGGACUACGGUAUUAUCUUCUGCAGAACCAAGCAGGACUGUGACAAUCUAGAGCGCUACUUUAACAUGGUAGGAGGGGGAAGGAAUCAGAACAAGGAGUUCAGCUGCGUCUGCCUUCACGGAGACAGGAAGCCGCAGGAGAGGAAGGAGAACUUAGAGAUAUUCAAGAGAAAGGAGGUGAAGUUUUUAAUUUGCACUGAUGUAGCUGCGAGGGGAUUGGAUAUCGGGGGUCUCCCUUUCAUGAUCAACUUCACUCUACCAGACGAGAAAACUAACUAUGUGCACAGAAUUGGACGAGUUGGUCGAGCUGAGAGAAUGGGAUUGGCCGUCUCCCUAGUUUCCUGCAUCCCAGAAAAGGUUUGGUACCACGGUGAAUGGUGUCCUUCAAGAGGGAAAAAUUGUCACAAUACAAAAUUAACAGAUGUAAAGGGGUGCUGUAUCUGGUAUAAUGAACCUCAGUAUCUGGCAGAUAUUGAAGAACACCUUGGGGUCACUAUUCCACAGGUGGAUACAGAUAUAAAGAUAGAGGCAGACGAAUUUGACGGAAAAGUUGUUUACGGUCAGAAGAAGAAAUCCGCAGGUUCAGGGUAUGAAGGGCACUCUACCCAGCUUGCCUCUACUGUCGCCCUGUUAUCUGAUCUGGAAACACAAGCCCAGGAUAUUUUUCUCAGGAAUCUCCACAAGCGCUAACGCGGAUCUGAUGCAAAUUUGCAAUUGCCAAUUUGUUUGCAGAAAUAUGUGAUACUUAACAGUGUUCAGAGAAUUCAGUUGUUCUCAGCUUUUAUUUUUACUUUGUAUUUUUAGA